AUGACAGCUGAGUGUCAUACUCCACAAGCUGACAACAUGGCGACAGCGUGGAUUCUUCUUGUCUCCUCGCUCGCUGUAUCUGUGCAUACCAAAAUGAAUGUCCUCUUCCUCGUCUCUGAUGAUCUACGGCCGCAACUGGGAAUGUACAACGGAUCAUCCGCCCCUUCGUCCGUGCACCCCCCGAUGCACACACCUGCGCUGGAUGCCCUUUCACGGAGAAGUCUUCUGCUGAAACGCGCAUAUUGUCAACAAGCUAUCUGCUCCCCCAGCAGGACAUCCUUGCUAACUGGCAGACGACCAGAUACUACCCAUGUUUAUGAUUUACACAAAUACUUUAGACAUGUUGGGGGGAACUUCACAACUAUCCUAGAGUAUUUCAAGAUGCAUGGAUACAGAACCAUAGGAAUGGGUAAAAUAUUUCACCAUGGCGCAGCUUCUGGGUGGGACGACCCUAUUUCUUGGACGGAUCUGUAUUUCCACGGAAAACAACCAAAGGAAUACAUGCAAGACAGAAUAUCCUGGAAGGCGAUACCACAGUCUGAGUCGUCAACAAAACCAUUGCAGGACACUCAAGUAGCGGACUAUGCGAUUCAAACACUACGCGAAAUUGCUGCUAAAGGGAAAAGUGGAGAACAGCCAUUCUUUCUAGCCGUGGGAAUGAAAAAGCCUCACUUGCCAUUCGUGUUUCCUGAUAAGUACCUGCAAUACUAUCCUGCAAAGUCCAUCAAGUUACCCGCUAACCCGUACGCUCCAAAAGACAUGCCACUAUCGCCUGGUCAACGUACGGAGAGCUCAGGAGUUACACGGACAUCGCAGCUUUACAGUUGA